AUGUCAGCUCAGCAUGGCGCCGAACCGACCAUUGACGAGGACGCUGUCCUGCACUUUGACGUUCAAGUGAGAGCCAGUACGCCAAGCAGCCAGAGCAGUGCUUCAAGUGAUGUCCCAGACGAGAGCUUGGCUCCUCCCGCUUUCAGCCGACCUGGACACCAUCUCCCCGUCGCAACCCCGGACUGGAACAACCUCAAGGUUCUCCACCACAAUACCCUGGCCCCACGAAGCAGCUUCUUCACCUAUCCGAACGAGAAGGACGCUCUGACGUGGGAUGUCAGCAAGGCCAAGGCCAUCUGCCUGUCAGGAACCUGGAAGUUUCACCUGUCAACCUCACCCUUCGAUGGCCCACGCAACUUCUGGGAGGCUGGGUACGACCACAAUGCUGCCGAGCAUCAGUGGAGUGAUAUUGCCGUCCCUGGCAUGUGGCAGUGUCAGGGCUUUGGGAAAGGUCCCCAGUACACCAACUACAACUUUCCCUUCCCUGUGGACCCGCCAAACGUCUCCUACACUGAUAACGAGUGCGGCAGGCACCUGACGACUUUCAAGGUUCCCCAUGCCUUCAAGGACCAUCAGUUGCGGUUGAGGUUUGAGGGCGUCGACUCUGCCUUUACCGUUUGGGUCAACGGCCACAAGGUCGGCUACUCGCAAGGAUCGCGUAAUCCCAGCGAGUUCGACAUAUCCAGACUCGUCACGGCUGGGCGCUCCGCCACUCUCGCCGUCGAGGUCUACCAGCGUUGCGACGGCACCUACAUUGAGGACCAGGACCAGUGGUGGCUCAGUGGCAUAUUUAGAGACGUCUACCUGCAUGCCUUUGAGCGGUUCAGUCCGCACGAUAUCCACAUCCAGACGCUCUUGGAUGACGACUACAAGAAUGCCGUCCUCAAAGUUGGCGUCACUACGAGCGAGUUUACCUUUGUCUCGUUGAGGCUUCUCGACGCCGACGGCGAGCCAGUGUUCGGGGAAACCCACCAUGGCGCGACGCAGGCGCAGGGCACCACCGACCUCACGUUUGAAUUACCAGUCAAGAACCCACACAAGUGGACGGCCGAGACACCAUAUUUGUACACGCUCUUGCUCGGCUUCCCCGGCUGCGUCAUCCCGCAGCGUGUCGGCUUCCGCAGGACUGAACUCAUUGAUGGCGUCUUUUGCGUCAACGGCGAACCGAUCAAGCUCAGGGGCGUCAACCGUCACGAGCAUCACCCCGACUCCGGACGGGCUGUGCCGUACGAGUUUCUCAAGCGCGACCUCUUGCAGAUGAAGGAGUACAACAUCAAUGCCAUCCGUACGUCACAUUACAUCAAUGAUCCCAGGCUGUACGAUCUGGCCGAUCAGCUGGGAUUGUGGAUCCUCAACGAAGCGGACCUUGAAUGCCACGGCUUUGCUUCCGUCGGCGGCGACGCGUCCAAGUUUACGUCUGACAACCCUGACUGGAGAGAUGCCUACGUCGACAGGGCGCGUCAGAUGGUGUUGCGCGACAAGAACCACGCGUGCGUGAUCAUCUGGUCGCUGGGGAACGAGGCGUUCUACGGACGGAACCACCAGUCCAUGUAUGACUUCAUUAAGAGCGUUGACACGACGCGCCUUGUCCAUUACGAAGCGGACUACGGAGCGCGGACAGUGGACAUUUACAGCCGGAUGUACUCCUCGGUCGAGAGCGUCAUCAACGCGGCGAGAGACAAGGACUGGGAGAAGCCCUUGGUUUUGUGCGAGUACAUCCAUGCCAUGGGCAACGGUCCGGGAGCCAUCCGAGAGUACGUUGAGGCGUUCUACCGGUACCCUAGGCUCAUGGGAGGAUUCGUUUGGGAGUGGGCCAAUCAUGGUCUGCGCACGAAGACGAAAGAUGGCGAAGAGUACAUGGCGUAUGGCGGUGACUUUGGAGACGACCCCAACGACAAGAACUUUGUCAUGGACGGGCUAUGUUUCUCUGAUCAUACGCCGACUCCGGGUCUUGUCGAGUACAAGAAGGCCAUCGAGCCUGUGCAGGUACUGGGACUCGACGGCGACGAGGUUACCGUGAUCAACCGAUACGAUUUUCUCACUUUGGAUCAUUUAACGUGCCACGCCCACUUUCUCACCGAGGAUCAUCGCUUUGCAGAGAUCUCGAUUGCCAUUCCAAAAGGUCGGUCCAUCAACGCCGACUUGUAG